CAUGGAAUAUAGAUAAUGAAUCAAAUUCAGAAGAAGAUUCUGAUAAAAAUUCUCAAGAUAGUAAUACUUUAAAUUCAAAUAUGACUACAAUACCUAAAUUAACUGAUACCAUAGAUGGUUAUUUAGAUAAUACUAAAAUAAACAGAUCCGUUCUAGUUAACCAAAUAAAAAGAGUUACAAGACAAAUUCAUCAAAAAUAUACUAAUGAUUAA